UGUGCUUCCGGGCGUCUUCCCCUCCCCUCCCUCACGCUCCUUCCCUCCCCCGCUCCCUUUCCCCUCGGGUUUCGUUCUCCCCCUCGGAGCCGACCCCGCGCGGAGUGACUCUGGGGGCUGCCGGUGGCUCGGCGCUGUUGUGGCCGGAAGCGGGAGGCGGGAGCUGGCUGUGGACUGAGAGGGCGGCAGCAUGUCCUCCCUCCCGGGGUGUAUCGGUUUGGAUGCUGCGGCUGCCGUGGAGUCCGAGGAGAUCGCCGAGCUUCAGCAAGCUGUCGUGGAGGAGCUGGGUAUCUCCAUGGAGGAGCUCCGGCAGUUCAUCGAUGAAGAACUGGAGAAGAUGGACUGUGUCCAGCAGCGCAAGAAGCAGCUAGCAGAGUUGGAGACAUGGGUGAUACAGAAGGAGUCCGAGGUGGCCCACGUUGACCAGCUCUUCGACGAUGCGUCCAGGGCAGUGACUAAUUGUGAGUCUUUGGUGAAGGACUUCUACUCCAAACUCGGACUACAGUACCGUGACAGUAGCUCUGAAGAUGAAGCUUCCCGGCCUACAGAAAUAAUUGAGAUUCCUGAUGAAGAUGACGAUGUCCUCAGUAUUGAUUCAGGUGAUGCUGGGAGUAGAACACCGAAAGACCAGAAGCUCCGUGAAGCUAUGGCCGCCUUAAGAAAGUCCGCCCAGGAUGUCCAGAAGUUCAUGGAUGCGGUCAACAAGAAAAGCAGCUCCCAGGACCUGCAUAAAGGAACCUUGAGUCAGAUGUCUGGAGAACUGAGCAAGGAUGGCGACCUGAUAGUUAGCAUGCGCAUUCUGGGCAAGAAGAGGACCAAGACGUGGCACAAAGGCACCCUCGUUGCCAUACAGACGGUUGGGCCGGGAAAGAAGUACAAGGUGAAGUUCGACAACAAAGGAAAGAGCCUGCUGUCGGGGAACCACAUCGCCUAUGACUACCACCCUCCCGCCGACAGGCUGUACGUGGGCAGUCGCGUGGUGGCCAAGUACAAAGACGGCAGUCAGGUGUGGCUCUACGCCGGCAUCGUCGCCGAGACCCCAAACGUCAAAAACAAGCUCAGGUUUCUCAUCUUCUUCGAUGAUGGUUACGCGUCCUACGUCACACAGUCUGAGCUGUACCCCAUCUGCCGGCCACUGAAAAAGACGUGGGAGGACAUCGAGGACAUCUCCUGCCGAGAUUUCAUAGAGGAGUACAUCACGGCCUACCCCAACCGGCCCAUGGUGCUGCUCAAGAGCGGCCAGCUCAUCAAGACCGAGUGGGAAGGCACGUGGUGGAAGUCCCGCGUCGAGGAGGUGGACGGCAGCCUCGUCAGGAUCCUCUUCCUGGACGACAAGAGGUGUGAGUGGAUCUAUCGAGGCUCUACCCGGCUGGAGCCCAUGUUCAGCAUGAAGACCUCUUCAGCCUCUGCACUGGAGAAGAAGCAAGGGGGACAGCUCAGGACGCGCCCCAAUAUGGGCGCUGUGAGGAGCAAAGGGCCUGUGGUCCAGUAUACCCAGGAUCUGACAAGUACUGGGACCCAGUACAAGCCAGUGGAGCCCCCACAGCCCACAGCGCCGCCUGCCCCCGCCGCCCAGCCUACACCCCCUGCCCCUCCUCUGUCACCCCAGGCAGGUGACAGUGAGAGCUUGGAAAGCCAGCUUGCCCAGUCACGGAAGCAGGUAGCCAAAAAGAGCACAUCCUUCCGGCCAGGAUCUGUGGGCUCUGGUCACUCUUCCCCGACGUCCCCUGCGCUCAGUGAAAAUGCCCCUGGUGGGAAACCUGCCAUCAGCCAGUCAUAUCGGUCACCUGUAGGCUCAACUACUUCAGCCACAGCACCCCCAGCACCUCCGGCCCCCCCAGUCCUACCGGCCCCGCCAGCCCCCCCAGCCUUCCACGGCAUGCUGGAGAGGGCACCAUCAGAGCCCUCCUACCGAGCCCCUAUGGAAAAGCUUUUCUACUUACCUCACGUCUGCAGCUACACAUGUCUGUCUCGGAUCAGACCAAUGAGAAAUGAGCAGUACCGCGGCAAAAACCCUUUGCUGGUGCCACUACUGUACGACUUCCGGCGGAUGACAGCCCGGCGCCGAGUUAACCGGAAGAUGGGCUUUCACGUCAUCUACAAGACACCUUGUGGCCUCUGCCUUCGGACAAUGCAGGAGAUCGAACGCUACCUGUUUGAGACUGGCUGUGACUUCCUUUUCCUGGAGAUGUUCUGUUUGGAUCCCUAUGUUCUCGUGGACCGGAAGUUUCAGCCCUAUAAGCCUUUUUACUAUAUCUUGGACAUCACCUGUGGGAAGGAAGAUGUUCCCCUAUCCUGUGUCAAUGAAAUUGACACGACUCCCCCACCCCAGGUGGCCUAUAGCAAGGAACGAAUCCCAGGCAAGGGAGUUUUCAUUAACACAGGCCCUGAGUUUCUGGUUGGCUGUGACUGCAAGGAUGGAUGCCGGGACAAGUCCAAGUGUGCCUGCCACCAGCUGACGAUCCAGGCGACAGCCUGCACACCGGGCGGCCAGGUCAACCCGAACUCUGGCUACCAGUACAAGAGGCUGGAAGAGUGUCUGCCCACAGGCGUUAGUUUUGGUACCUGAGUGGUAGCUACGUGGACGUCUCUCAGAACUGUCUGCGGAGGGAAUGCUUCACGAGAGUAUUUUCCAAGCACCACAAAUAGUAUGUGUUGGCCUGCUUCACGCGCUCGAACGAUUCCCUCCUGAGCUUGGGGUUUUCCUGUGUUAGCACUGGUCAGAGGACACUGCUGCCCGCCCCGCCCAGCUCCCUCCACAGCUGCUUGGCACUGAGGUUCUUCAGCUCCGUCCGCACCGCCCCGGCUGACCACUGCUCCGGGCCUUCAGCUGUCCCCGGCGCGGCUGUCUUCUUGAACCAGACUCCUCAGGUUCGGUUUGCCUCCGUAGAGGCCCUUCCUGGUCACUCUGAAACUCGGCCAGCUCCACCCUGAGUCCUCCGUGACUGCCCUGUCGGCGUCCUCAGACGCUGACGGCUUUCACUCACUCACUGGCUGGUUGUGUUGCGCCUUCUCCCCUGACCGUGAGCUCCUUAGGGGCGGCAGCCUCGUCUGUCUCGCCGUGGAUCUCCAAGAGCUGACUUCCCGGCGCCUGCACAGCCGCGCGCAGCAGCUCUGUUGCGUGAUGAGCGCGGGCCGCCCAGGCGCAUCUGCGGGGCUGCAGGGUCGUGAUUCGCCUGCGCCGCGGCCCCGCGGCCGCUCAGCGUGCGGGUUCACCGAGAGCUGCGCCGCGCUCUCCUCCGGGUGAGCCGUGCUUUGGUGGCUUUUUUGCAGAUGGCUUUUCCGUGAGGCUGGAAUGAGAACACGUACCGUGCUAGGUAUUCACGUAAUGCACAACCAAAGUGUGUGUGUUCCGCAGAUCAGAGGUGCUCUUAGCUUUGUGCAGAGGGAAGUGACUGAUGUCAUCGGCCGCGCAGUGCACCGCUGCCCUCUCCCCUGCAGAAUGCGUCCCUUACGUUCACACCCCAAGAAACACGUGGCACCCCAGCACGGAGAAAGCAGCGAGAACCCGCGACAGGGACCCCUGGAAAGAUUCGAUUCUUGGCAGAACUGUUACUUUCCUUCAGUGCUCACAUUUGCUGGAUCGCUGACCAACUGUAAUCGCGUAUUUGCAAAAUAGGUGUUAAAUUCUCAAGCUGGACACACGCCAGCUCCUGGAGAGUAGGAGGGCCCGUUCGCUGCGUCCCCGGUGCGUGGCACAGCAUGGAAUUUGCUGAACGCUCUGAUUUAAAAAAUACGAAAAUCGAGGCGAGCGCAGCGCCCGGACUGAUCCCCCCCACGGCGUUGGGCACAACUGUUAGGCCAGCGCCGCCCAGCAAAGCCGCCCUGCCGCCUGGCUCAGUUUGCUUCUGCCGUCAGUGCGGUCGCUGUAGAGCUGAGCAGGUCUGUCACCCGCACGAAGCCAGCACUGAGAUGCCCAAGUAGUGGCCACGUGAAAUGCCCCCGCACUGCCCGCACCCGCCAUCCCAUGGGGAGGACUGUCCAGGACUGGCUGGCCUGCUUGGGUUGUCCGUUAUCUCCCAGCGGCUCUGAGGUAAGCACGGGGAACUUACCAAGCAGCAGGCAGACAUGGCCGCCACUGGCACGGGCCUCCCGUGCCACACGUCCAAGGCUUUUGGCUUCUUCACAUCGCUGAUAGCGUCCUGGCCAGCCUGGAACUGCUCAGUGUCCCCAGAGGACACUGUGUCUUGAUGUGCCGUUACCGCGGCGGCAGCCGGGGGAGGCCUCCUCGGCCCCAGGCUGGGCCAUGGCCACGUCCCCUCCUGCGAGUACACCCCAGGAACCUGGGGGCCUGCGGGCUGCUGGGGUGGCUGAAGGUCUGCGUUGUGCUGUUGACUGUCACAUUCAUGAGUGGCCUUUUCCAAGGCAGUGGUGUCCACGGGAUGACAGCCCUCCAGCCUGAUGUCCUCACGUGCACCAUGGCUGACGCCUCCCUGGGGCCGGCUAGCUUGCUUCAGUCUGAGGUUGAAGAGCAUGCCAGUGUGGGGCUGGUGAAGAGCCCAGCCUGCCCGGGCUGGUGCUGGGAGGCGGCGGCACCAUCUGUAUUAUCUCUGGGCGCUGGGCGUGGGAACAGCCAUGGCCCGGGACACGGCCCCGGGGAGCUAACGCACGCUGUUGUGAGUGCUUGCACCUGGUUUCCGUCUCAUCGGUCCCCCCAGUGCUACUAGCCAGGGCACUAACGAGUACCUGGAGAAGCCAUGCACUGACUGCGAGCCCGAGACCGCCCCACGCUGCUGCGUCCCGAUGCAGCGACUGCUGAGGGGUCACCCAGAGGGCGCAGGGGCCCCGGAACGCGUCUCAGGCUAUUUCCUCUGACCCACGUGGCCUGUGAGGAGUUUCCUGACUGGUGAGCGGGCAAGCACAGCCACAAGCCAUUCCAACUUCAGAAAAAAGCCUAGGGAGUCAGAACAGAAGAUGAGAAACAAGAAGACCCAGGAGAGAAGACCAACGAGAACCAAGAAGCCCAAGGGGUCAGGGAGUUCAGGCUGUCGGAGCAGGCCUCUCCGGGGCUGGCACCUUGCCAUAUCUCCUCCACCUUUUCCCCCAAGCCCCUCGGGUGUUUGUGUCUGCGUAUUUGUGUGAAAACACCGAAUCUGAGCACUCCCAGGGACUAGACCCCGAGCGCGAGCCCUGCCACGCGUCCUGGGGCUUCUUCCAGCAGCUGCCCUGCCCGCCUGGGCUUUCAGUGUCCCUUCAGGAGGAGACGCUUGAGGCAGCCACAGCACAGAAUCCUCAACGCCUGAGCGCCUGCUCAGAGUCUGGAAAGGCACCUCAUCGAACAUUCUAGAAGGGGUAGGUGGGUCUUCAGGGACCCCUGUUCUUUGCACACCCCUUGAGCAACAUCAGCCACUUGUCAGUUGGUUCUCCUGGUGGCCCCACGUGAGCCAGGACACCACGCUGCCCGCCUCUGCCCCUCAUUGCUGCCAGUGGAGACUGGCCAUCUAGUUUCCAUUUCUGCAAGAACCUUUGUUUCUGUAGCCUCCAAAGAGAAGAGUGAAGGCCGGUUUUACCCGGAAAGAAUACCAUGAGCUUCAGCGCCCUUUCCCUCGGUCUCUGCUCCCUUUGGGCAUAUGGGCUCCAGCUUUUCUCGCAGCGUUUUCACAUUUGCGCCUGUUUCCUCAGCUUAGCUGGCCUGUGUGCCUGCGUUAGUGACUCUAGCCUGUUUCCCUCUUAGCUUGCUUGGCUUCUCUCUAGGUGUUAGGUGUUCCAGUAUUUACUGUCAGUAACGGUAGGGUAGACACCUCUAUAAAUUACUCUUCCGCCUCUGAGUUACUUCCUUGGGCAGUUUGAUUCCCCAACAAAUCAAAGCAUAAGACAGGUGAGUGAAUCUUCACACGUAGCUCGCUCCCCCACGGGCGGUACCCGGGAGUCGCUGCUGUUCUGUGCGCUGAGUGGACACGUGCGGCCGUGACUAACUGUGCUCUGACCCUCCAGCGUGUACGAGUGUAACAAGCGCUGCAAGUGUGACCCCAGC